CGGAUACGGGAAGAUCGCUUGUUCUUUGGACGUCUACAAGGACGUCACUUGUGAGUCUUGAGGACUGCGGCGAAGCAUGCUGAGGCAAACGAUGUGGCAGAUGCUUGGAGCAAUGUGCACGCUGUCGCUGGUGGCGCAUGCCAUGUUGGACGUGCCUUCCCAUGACGCAGUCGCUGCAGUGAAAGGGCUCGUUGCUCGUCGUUUGGGAGAGAAAUACCUUGACCAGAUGUCCUUCGAAGUGAUCCCAGCAAUCGACGAUGGAAAAGACGUGUUGGAGAUUGGUAAUGAUGGAGGGAAGGUGCAAAUUCGAGGAUCCAGCGGCACAGCGUUGGCGUACGCUGUGCAAUGGUACUUGAAGCAAGAGGUCCACACCCAAACAAACUGGGACGACCACGUCCUUCAGCUUCCCGACACUUUGCCUCAACCAUCGUCUACCGUGCGCGUCGAAAAGGUGUCCAAGUAUACGUACUACCAAAACGUGUGCACCGUGAGCUACUCCAUGUGGACGUGGGGCUGGGACAAGUGGGAAAAGCAUAUCGACUGGAUGGCGCUCAAUGGUCAGUACUCCAUUCACAGCGUAGGCGCGCAUGCCUCUCACUGGUUUUCGACAGGCAUUAACAUGCCUUUGGCGUUCACGGGCCAAGAGAAGGUGUGGCAAGCCACCUAUCAGAAGUUUAACGUGAGUACGGUUGGCCUGAACAAGUUCUUUGCUGGGGCGUCAUUCCUGGCGUGGGGACGCAUGGGCAACGUCCGCGGGAGCUGGGUCAAGGGUCCUUUGGCCCAAGAGUUUAUUGACGGGCAAUUCGAGUUGCAGGUCAAGAUCCUCACCCGCAUGCGAGAUUUCGGCAUGAUUCCGGCGCUUCCUGCUUUUGCCGGACACAUCCCCGAGGAAAUCACAAAGCUGUAUCCUCACGCCAAAACGUUCCGGUCGCCGAAAUGGGGCAACUUCCCAGAUGCGUACACGAACGUGUACAUGCUCGACUCGUCCGAUCCGCUGUACAUUGAGAUCGGGCGCACCUUCAUCGAAGAGCAGACUCGCCUCCACGGCGGGUUCACGUCGUCGCUGUACCAAGCCGACACGUACAAUGAGAUGGAUCCAUCUCGUGGAGACCACGAGUUCCUCCACCAGGCGUCGAAGGCCGUGAUCGACUCGAUGACGAAGGCAGACCCGAAGGCCGUGUGGCUCAUUCAAGCAUGGACAUUCAAUCGGGGGUUUUGGGGCCACGACCAAAUUCAGUCGUACUUGAGUGGCGUCCCCAACGACAAGAUGAUCUUGCUCGACCUGUACAGUGAAACCAUUCCGAUCUGGCCGCGGUCGGCCAACUUUUUCGGCAAGUCGUGGAUUUACUGCUUGCUCCACAACUUUGGCGGGAACACUGGUCUCCGCGGGAACUUGCCCCAGUACGCCCAGGAACCGAUCCACGCGCGUGGGCAAAGCAACGGGACGAUGGUCGGCAUUGGACUGACCAUGGAAGGAAUUUUCCAGAACUACAUCGUGUACGACUUGACGCUUCAAAUGGCGUGGGAGUCCAAGCCGGUGGACUUGGCCAAGUGGCUCCCGGCAUUUGUUCGCAAUCGAUAUCACAUUGAAAACACCAACGCGGCGCAGGCAUGGCACAUGUUGCUCCAGUCGGUGUACAAUGUCGGCGACGGCGGCGGCGUGACAAAGAGCAUCGUGGCUGUCCGUCCAGGAUGGGACAUUCUCCACCUCACGUUCCAACCCACAGAUAUCCCGUACGACCCGCGGCUUGUCGUGACCGCGUGGUCGCAUCUGUUGGCCGCCGCGGACGCUGUGCCACACACCGACGCGUUCCUCCAUGACGUGGUGGACGUCACGCGCCAGGUGCUGUGCGACCUCUUCCUCGCAAACUUCAAAGAGAUCAAGCGCGCAUUCAUCGGCCACAACAUAACGACUGAAGAGGUAAGCACGUUGUGUUGGGGGAGCCAUAGAAUGCCUCGUUGCUGACGGAAUGUCCAGUUUGCUGACAGGACCCGGUGCAUGCUGCAGCUGCUGUGGGACUUGGACGUCAUCCUGGGCUCCCACGUCGACUUUUUGCUCGGCCGUUGGAUCGACCAAGCGCGAGCGCUGGCUGGGAAUAACACGAACGUGGCGGAAUAUCUCGAGUAUGAAGCGCGCAACCAGAUCACGCGAUGGGGAGACUCGAAUGGGAAUUACUUGUCCGACUAUGCCGCAAAAGACUGGGCUGGACUCAUGUCGUCGUAUUACUAUCCUCGCUGGCGCAUCUGGCUCACGGAAGUGACGGCUGCCUAUGAAAGUCAUCGCGACAUCCACACGAAGGCAGUCAACGAUGCACUUGAAGCGUUUGAGUUGGGAUGGCAGUUGGAAACGGUGUCGUUUCCCACUACAGCCCAUGGCGACCCCGUCCAAAUUGCUCGUCGCCUUCAAUCGAGGCACGCUGAUCGACUGGCCCGAGUUCAUGUCGACGUCCCCCUCCAUCGCGUCCAGCGCCACGAGCCAGUGUUUGGGCAACAUUUUAUGCUGGAUCAACGCCGCAGCAAGACGCAUCGUGACAUGGACGACUGCGGACUGGACUGUGUCGCCUAGUUGCUGCUCCUCUCGAGAGGUCAUAAAGUCCCUUCGCCGCGUGGCUGGGCAUUUCUCUAUAAACUGUGCAAUGUCGACGGUGGGGGACCUCUAUCCAUUGCGUGCAUCAGCACACGAUCGCGGGUGACAUUCUCCACCACCAGCCACGACUGCUUGUGAUUCAGAUGUACUUCCCACAGUGCGAGUAAAGUCUUCUGUCGUUCUUCGACACAUUGCAUCUUCCUGGCGUUCAUCGGCAUCC